CCCAUGCACUUACUAACUAGGUGUUUUGUGUGUAGAGAAAAAGACUAGUAUAGAGAGAAACUAUGGGUGACCUAAACUUGUUGGUGAGUAUGAGUAUUGCUUUCAAUAAGUUGAAGCCUUAUUUGGCUAUGGUAGCCCUUCAAUUUGGCUACGCCGGAAUGUACAUAAUCACGCUCGUCUCGCUGAAACGUGGAUUCAGUCAUUGGAUUCUGGUCGUAUAUCGUCAUGCAGUUGCUACCUUGGUUUUCGCCCCGUUUGCGUAUUUUCUUGAAAAGAAAAUAAGACCUAAAAUGACAAAAUCGAUAUUUCUGAAGAUAGUGGUGCUUGCUUUCUUAGAGCCUGUGCUGGACCAGAACUUGUACUAUGUCGGAAUGCAGUAUACAUCUGCAACAUUUGCAUCAGCCAUGGUUAAUGUUUUGCCAGCCAUCACCUUCAUAAUGGCUGUCAUUUUCAGGCUGGAGACGAUCAAUCUGAAAAAGAUAUCCAGCAUAGCUAAGGUGGUGGGCACAUUAAUAACAGUGACGGGGGCAAUGCUGAUGACAUUGUACAAAGGCCCAGUCGUCAACAUCUUGUGGUACUCUCACGCCGGCAGCCACCACAAAGCCGCCGCGGCCGCCGCCACCGAUCAGCACUUGGUCACCGGCACAAUCAUGUUGAUUUCAUGUAUUGUGGGUUGGUCUGCCUUCUUCAUCUUGCAAAACAAGACGUUGAAGGAGUACCCAGCAGAGUUGUCACUAACAUCUUUAAUCUGUCUGAUGGGAUUCGUGGAAGGUGGAAUUGUGGGUGUAAUAAUGGAACGUCGUAAGAGUGCAUGGGCCAUAGGUUUUGAUUCCAGGCUUCUUGCAGCUGCUUAUUCCGGGAUUGUUUGCUCGGGGAUAGCAUACUACAUGCAGAGUAUAGUGAACAAGUCUCGAGGGCCAGUGUUUGUGACUGCAUUCAGCCCUCUCAGCAUGAUCAUCACUGCCGUCUUGGGCGCCAUUGUUUUGGCCGAGCAAGUUCAUCUUGGAAGCUUGAUUGGAGCAGUGAUCAUAGUUUCCGGGCUUUACUCUGUGGUUUGGGGUAAAAGUAAAGAGAGUGCUUCGAACAAACUAGUAGACGGUGAGGGCCGAGACCAAGAAUUGCCUGUGGUGGACAAGCAAACAUCAGGAGUUGCCGAUGCAGACGUCAGUCACACUGCUGCAAAAUCAAAGAAGUUGUUGGAGCAAGCAGAGCCAUGAAUACCCAAGCAGUCGUCCUUCCCCGGCCCCCGGUUCUGGAUCGUAUUUUGCCAAAAAUGUAGUAUAUAUGUAAGAUGUGAAUGCUCACUUUCCGCCUGAAAUUCCAGUGGGAAUUAACAAUUUGCUUUUUCCCAAGAAUUACUCACUUUUCUAUUACUCA